CCGCUGAAGGCGCACACAGCGGUCAUGCACGCGCUAGGGGAACACCGUUAACGCCCAGUCGGUUUUGUCUGCAGGUGAACUCACCUCAGCGCAUCCAGGGACGACGGUCGCUGAGCGGCACACCUACAGCCUAAAGCCUUCUCCGGUUGAUAACGACGUGUGUGCUGGGGGCUGACUCCACCGCCGCUCCUUUUGUCAGGCUGCUCCGGGGACUCAGCUGGUACCAGAGGGCGCUACGGCGACGCCGUUGACGCUGAGCAGUUGAGAAUGUAAACAGAAUAAGAAGCUGUUCUGUGUGAUUUGCCAAAGUCACACAAAAAUUAAAGGCUGCCUUCCACCGACUGCUUGCCAGGAUGGCUCAGUGGGGUGCCGUUGUCUCUAUCAUAGCUGCUCUCGGAGGAGCAGCUCUGUUGGUCUCGGUGCACAAGAUAGAUGAAGGACACACAGGAGUGUACUACAGAGGUGGAGCUCUCUUGACUACAACCAGUGGCCCAGGUUUCCAUCUCAUGCUUCCAUUCAUCACCACCUACAAGUCUGUUCAGACCACUCUGCAGACAGACGAGGUGAAGAAUGUGCCCUGUGGUACGAGUGGAGGAGUGAUCAUUUACUUUGAUCGUAUAGAAGUGGUGAACUACCUCAUUCCCUCAGCAGUCUACGACAUAGUCAGGAACUUCACAGCUGACUAUGACAAAGCCUUGAUAUUCAACAAAGUUCACCAUGAACUUAACCAGUUUUGCAGCGUCCACUCGCUCCAGGAGGUGUACAUCGGCCUGUUCGACCAGAUAGAUGAAAACCUGAAGCUGACUCUACAAGAGGACCUCACCUCCAUGGCACCUGGGCUCAUUAUCCAGGCGGUGCGCGUCACCAAACCCAACAUCCCAGAGAGUAUUCGUAGGAACUACGAACUCAUGGAGAGUGAGAAAACAAAGCUGCUGAUCUCCCAGCAGACUCAGAAGGUUGUGGAGAAGGAAGCCGAGACGGAGAGGAUCAAAGCUGUGAUAGAGGCUGAAAAAGUGGCUCAGGUAGCAGAAAUCAAGUUUGGGCAGAAAGUCAUGGAGAAGGAAACCGAAAAGAAGAUCUCAGAGAUUGAAGACGACGCGUUCCUGGCCCGACAGAAAGCUAAGGCAGAUGCAGAGUUCUACACGUCUCAGAGAGCCGCCGAGGCCAACAAGCUGAAAUUAACUCCAGAGUACCUGCAGCUGAUGAAGUACAAGGCCAUUGCUGCUAACAGCAAGAUCUAUUUUGGGAAUGACAUUCCUCAAAUGUUUGUGGACUCUGGCUCUGCAGGGAGCUCCAUUAAGACUUCUGCAGCCCUAGAUAUUGUUGGUGAGCAGCUCCUAGACCUGGAUUAAUGAGGAAGAGCACCACCCGGGGGUUGAGGACUCUAGGGGGCUGACAGCUGUGGCUGGUUCCUGACUCUGCUGUCUGUGGCCGUUGUUUCCCAAACGAUUAUCUCUAGAAAUCACUCUGGGAGUUUGACCAGGAUGUAAACAUCUGCAGCCUUGAAACAGAGAGCUAGAGUUCAGGUUGUGAUGAUUUUACUGUCCUGCCAUAAUGACCAUCUAAAUGCUGAUUUAUUGGGUUAAAUGAUGGUUUUAGCUCCUUUGGGUGUUAAAUUAGAUCCCAUUAAAACAACAUUUGAUCCAAAACAACUUAAAAACACACGUUGGUCUAGACCAGUGGUCCAUUAGGUUCGCACUGGUGUUUGUUUUUAAAUAAAUGUAAAAAAUCUAUAGAGGGAAGUUGAGGGAAAUGUUUAAAAUGUAACGCUAGGGCUUGGUUAUAAUUAUUACUAUUUUUAUUUGUUUUAUCAUGGGGUUGAUGUAUAAAUUUAGGUGAAAUAAAUGACAGAUUUUGUUUUAAAGUGGAACAGAAACAAUUAAUCCUUUAUCAUCUUAUCAAAUCCCUUUUUUGUCAAAUGGAUUCUUCCUAAACUUCCUCCUGUUAGAUGUGUUUAUACCCCCCACCCCCAUCGUGUGUGUGUGUGUGUGUGUGUGUGUCACAUUGGUCACAUUGACUCCUGCUGUACAUGCUGGUGCUUCUGCUUUCUUUGGAUCUGAAACAAAUGCUUUUCUAACCAAAUGAGUGAUUUUCUGCUUGUUUCCUGUAAGUUCUGGGAUGUUCUCUGAGAACCCUCACAGGAUGUGAACAUUUAAACCCUGAAGAGCCUUUAGCAGUUGGACAGAAACCUAAGGAGAUAUAUUCAUUUUAAGAGAUAAAUCAGAAAUGUCCCGGUGACCGAUGAGGACCAAGGACAGAAGUAUUGAUGUCUGCUCGUGUUUGUUUUUGUGGCAUUUGAUCAAAACCAGGCGACCAAAUGAAGCAGCAUCAUGUUAACAAACUAAACGUAAUAUUCAUUCCUGUUCCUCAGAUCAACCGUUGAAACCGUUUACUCAUAUUUUUGCACUGAUUUGAAUAACGAAUGAACAGCCAGGGUUUUAGGUCUGAGAACUCUGUAGCAGUGACAAGUGAUUAUCUGUAAAAGUGUUUAAAACACAAUAGAACCGACAGACCUUUA